UACUGGAAUUGUAAGCAGAGCUGGCCUGGGGUGUGGCUUUACGAUUUUUAAUUGUGCUCACAAAUGAGGCUAUCGCAUAUCCUCCGGGAAUCGAAUGGCACUAAUUAUUUGUCCAUGAGUGACGCUGCUUGUGCCAUUCUGUGGCUGCCUGGUGUCGUGGACAUCGCUGAAGCUGAGAGCAAAAAUGAGGCAUUAACUCUAAGCAUUCAAGGACAGCAAAAACUUUUUUUUCAAAUAUUUAAAAUGUUAAUGCCGCUUCAAUUAAGACACGUUCUCCUGAGUUUGUGCAAAAUUGAAUGAAGAAAGAGGAAGACAUUCCACUUGGAUCGCUGAGUAAGCUCUAAAAAAAAUUUUGGGGGGGGUGUUUAAAGGAAAGUAAAUAUUAAGCAAGCAUGUCAGCAUCGGGAGGUGAGGUGCCGAAGAAGGUCAAAUCGGACACAGAAAGCUCCCAGGAUGAGACCACAGAGAGUAGCGACUCAGAGAAGAGUGCAGAGAGCAGCAGCAGCAGCGAGGAAAGCCUGGAUGAGGAGACGAGCGAUCGUGUCACCACCACACCGUUGUGUCCCGCCGAUGAUUCCGCGAAACCGAACAAGGCUUCACAAAAAAGCAAGAGAAAAUUUUCACUCAAGGAAGCCGUGUGUCCCAAAGCGGAUGCUCCUCCGACUCCACCUCUGAACGAAGAGCAGAACUCGGAACAGAAAGCCAGUGACGGCAGCGACGGCAGCAGCAACGGACACAGCAGUGACGACGCUGAGCCCAGCGACACAGAUACCGAGAGCGAGGAGUCAGACAGCAGCGACGGCGAGGAGGAUGCCCCAACAGAGCUGACGAUGGAGGCGAAGGAGGCGCCAAAGGCAGUUUCGCCACAGAGUGCAGCCGAGAAGGAGGGGGACUUGCCCAAGACUUCUCCGAGACCGAGCGGAGUGGGAACGGUCGACAAAGGGCGAGCGAGCGUGCGGCCUCAGCAAGGUAAAGCCGGAGCAAGGGCGCUCAAAACCGCUACGACUAUGCUGGCUGGAUAUAAAACUAAGAGCGAAGCGGUGACAUCGGCGGCAGCUAUUCCGGCGAGAAAAGUGAGCCUCAGGCAAAAGAGGCCCCUUCCUAAAGCGGCCGCCCUGCACAAUGCGUCGCGGCUCGCGGCCGGGCUCAGGAAGGAGGCGAUGAGGAGUUUGCAGCUGGCGCAGCAAGACGCCCCCAAAAGCCAGGGUGAGGAGAAUGAAGCGCAAAAGUCCACAGCAAAACGGGAAGGCAGCCAGCGAGUCACCGUAGUAGCUCAAAGGCCCUCCAAGGUCAGCCAACGAGGGAGAGAAACCCAAGAACGAGAGUCAAUGAAGACAAAAGAGUCGCCGGGAUCGGGUCAAACCUGCGACGGGGUGGACGCUGGGCCCAAAAGGGGCCCAGUUCCGCGUCCAAGUCCACGCACCAAGGCCAAGAUACGGCACACAACCAUGAUGGUGGCGGGCGUGAAAAAGGAUGCUCCGCUUCCCGCGCUGGGCGCGAAGGCCGCUGACCGCUCCUCCGAUGGAAACAAACGCGGCGGCAACAAGAGGGAUGCCAGGAUGAAGAAUGCGUACCGAAUCGGCAGUAGCACCCUCCGAAACGCUACGAUGCUGAUGGCCGGUCUGAAAAAGGAGAAUACGGUCCAAGGGGCGGCCCUCAAACCGCAGGAGAAAGACGAGCAAUGGAAAGGUGCGGUCGAGAGCGAUGCGAGGGAGCGCGGCGCUGGUAAAUCGGCAUCGGCUCCGACAGGCAACGCUACGCUCUUGAGAAAGACGUCCAGGGUGAUGCUGGGCGUGAGAGGUGGCUCUGCGGUGCAGACUGCAACGGGCUCCCCGGCAGAAGUGCCGACGGUGCCCGAAAAGCGGCAAGACGAAGCUCAGGUGGAAGGGCACGUCGCGACAAAAGCUGCAUUGACCUCGAGAAAUUGCAAGGCCUUGCACAAAACGACCAAAGUCCUGCUUGGAAUGAACAAGCAAAACGAGAGUCCAAGAAAACAGCCCCAAGCCGCUGCUUCUGACGUGGAGCCGUCGGAUGGCUCAACUGCAAAGGAUCUGAAGAAUAAAGGAGAGUCAAAGAAUGAAGGAGAGUUAAAGGAAGAAGGAGAUUUAAAGAAUGAAAAAGAUUCAAAGGAUGAAGUGGUGAACACGCAACAGCCGGACUCCAGACCAGCACCAAAUCCCAAGCUCAGUGUGAUGAAAGCAAGCAAUCUCAUGCUGGGACUAAAGAACACCCCAAGGGCCCCAGAGGUGGGCAAGUCCUCUGACAGACCAGCCGCAAAGGACGCAGAUGGCGAUGGCGAUAGCCAUGGGGCCACGGCUGCAGAAAAUAAUGAGGUUAUGCUACGAGAAGGAAAGAAAUGCGUGGGUCGGUUUGGAGCAAUGGCUCGGAAAGCGAGGAUGGAAGUGCUGGUGGGUAAGUUGCGAUCGGCCUCUGGUCAGUCACCUGGCACACCUGCUGGCGGGGACACGAAGAAGCCGGGGAUGAUCGGCCAGCUUCAAGGCUGGAUCCAGAAGAAGAUGACCAAGGAGGUGAGCAGGAAGGAAGGUGUGGCAAAAAUCACUCGGGCCGUGGGCACGUCCAGCUGGCUGUUGAAGACCCUCCGGAAGAAGCAACUGAGCCGGCAGCUGUCAAAGAGAAGCUUGGCACAGAACGACAACUUCUUGUCGCUGUCGAAGGGAACCAACGGCCGCUUCACCAAACUCGAGGAGAGCUCGUCCUCAUCCUCCUCCCAGGAGUUCCUGAUGGGGGGCUUCAGGCUAGGAAGCAAAAGCAAAGAGUACAGGAAGGUGAAAGCAGCUGACACUCAGGCGCACGGGUUCGCCAACGACACGAAGAGCUCGAAGAAAAGUGGCAAGAGGGCGGAGGGCAAGGCGGCCGCGGUGAAGGUGCUGCUUCCUGGAGGUGGCGAGGGCUGCAACAAGGAGGAGGAGGACGGCAGCAGCCAGAGCUCGGGCAGCGCAAGCGAGGAAGACACAAAGCCAGCGGGCAGCUGCAGGGAUGGCAAGUUUGCGAUCGUCUUCCCGAGAGUGCAGCAGGUUUUUCAUGAGGAUCACACGUGGGACAGCCAGAGCGUUCGGUCUCUCCACUGGGCCUUCACGCCUGCCGUGCAGGAGAUGGGGACGGCUCGCCCCGGCCGACCCAGGGAGGCUCCGCUGUCCGCCCAGACAGCGGCACAAAUGGCCCAGUGGAGCCUCUUUGGUGACAGGGACAAGGGACUGGGAGCUGCCGCUUCUGAUCACAGUGGAGACCUAUGGGACAUGGAUGACGAAGAUCCACCAAUGCAGAAGCACGAACAGCUGCAGUGGUGGAGCAGGGAUUGGGUGGAGCUCGGGGAGGACGGAGUCCCCGACAUGACCGUCCUUAGAGAACUGCACGAAGACGUCGUGCUGAUGAAUCUGCAGAAGAGAUACGAACGCGGACACAUAUACACGUACAUUGGGAGCAUCCUCCUCUCAUUGAAUCCCUACAGUGCCACGGACAUCUACGGGCCGGACACGAUUGCCAUGUACCGGGGAUCUGAGAUCUCCGAAAACCCACCGCACAUCUUUGCCAUUGCCAACAUCGCCCUGUCAGCCCUGAGCAAUGAGCAGCGGCAGCAGUGUGUCAUUAUCAGUGGAGAGAGUGGCUCAGGGAAGACGGAGGCUGCCAAGCUGAUUCUCGGGUUCCUUUCGGCGACGCCUAGCAACAGCAGCUGCCCUCAGGAACACGAGGGCCCCUCAAAGCAGAUAUUGGAGGCAAUCCCUGUGCUGGAGGCAUUCGGCAACGCGAAGACGCUGAGAAACAACAACUCCAGCCGAUUUGGCAAGUACCUGCAGGUGUUCGUGGAGCGGGGUGUCAUCUCUGGCUCCAUCACCUCCGAGUAUUUGCUCGAGAGGUCAAGGGUCGUUUAUCAGGCCGCCAACGAGAGGAACUACCACGUGUUCUACGAGCUCCUGGUGGGACUGCCACCCCAGCAGAAGCAGAGGCUGGGACUGCAAGAUGCCGAGAUGUACUACUACCUCAACCAGGGCGGCGUGUGCGAGCUACCGGGGAAGUCCGACGGUCGAGACUUCCAGCGGCUGCGGGGGGCGCUGGAGCGCCUGGGGCUCUCGCUGGAGGAGCGGGGCGCCCUGUUCCGCAUCCUCGCCGCCAUCCUGCACCUGGGCAACGUUUACUUCGCCCGCGCCGAGAUGGACCGCCAGGAGGUGGCAUGCGUGGCGAGCGGGCCUGAGAUGCGCAUCACUGCCGACCUCCUGCAGGUCUCCUUCCAGAAGCUGCAGAUGUCCAUCACCUACAAGCUCACGGAGACGAUGCGGGAGAAAAUUUUCUCCCCUCUCUCUGUCGAGGCUUCGGUCAAAGCCAGGGACACCCUGGCCAAGGUGCUGUACACUCAGCUGUUCGCCUGGAUCAUCGCGCGUCUCAACGCCAAGGGGGCCUCCACGCAGCAGGGUGUAACCCUCGCCAUUCUCGACAUUUACGGCUUUGAGGAUUUGGGUGUGAACAGCUUCGAGCAGCUCUGCAUCAACUACGCCAACGAGUGCCUGCAGUCCUUCAUCAACAAGAUCAUCUUCAAGCAGGAGCAGGAGGAGUAUGUGCGGGACCGGCUGAGCUGGAAGGAGGUUCCAUUCUGCGACAAUCAGCCUUGCCUGGCCCUCAUCGCACAAAAGCCGCACGGCAUCUUGCACAUCCUUGACGACCAAACCGCGUUCCCUCAGGCCUCAGACCACAGCUUCCUGCAGAAGUGCCACUACCACCACGGUGGUAACGAGCUCUACAGCAAGCCCAAGAUCCCUCUGCCUGAGUUCACGAUAAAGCAUUACGCGGGCCGGGUCACCUACCAGGCACGUCCAUCGUGGCCUGCUCUCACCGUGCCUCUUGAGGGGUCCAAAGGUUUAGGAGCCUCUAUGAAGGCUGGCCCUCUGUGUGAUGCCUGCAUGAGGGUUCCUCCGUGUGAUGCCUGUAUGAGUUCCUACAGCAUGUGUGAUGCCUGUAAAAGGGUGUCUCAUUUUGUGGAGAAGAAUCGUGAGCACGUGCGGCAGGAUGUGAUGGACCUCUUCCUUGGCAGCAGUUGCACGCUGCUCGCCGAGAUCUUUCAGACUCGGCGCCAUCUGGCGGCGGCGGUGCCGGGUCCUCGCGGCGGUCCCUUGGGCCACACGGUCUCCUCCGCCUUCCAGCAUUCCCUGCAGGAGCUGCUGUCACGCAUGGAGCAGUGCAACACGUGUUUGAUUCGAUGUUUGAAGCCAAACUCCAGGAAGGAAGCCGGCUCGUUUGAGCCGGAGCUCGUACGGAACCAGCUGCGGUACCUGGGGAUCCUGGAGACGAUUCGAAUCCGCAAGGCCGGAUUCCCGGUGCGGAUGCCCUUUGACUCCUUCAUCAGGAGAUAUGCAGUUCUGACAGAAAGCACUGGAAAAGGGAAAAACGGGUGCCUCUCCAUCCUGAACAUCCUCAAGCCAGAACCCGAGGGCCUAUUCAGGAUAGGCCUCAGCCAGGUGUUCAUGAAGGAGGCGCUGUACGUGCGACUGGACAGGGAGCGCGAGCGGCGGGUCAAGGUGGCGGCUAUCACCAUCCAGCGGCACCUGCGGGGCUACAUCCUCCGCAAGCAGUACCGCGUCUUCCGGGAGAAGGCCGUGGUCCUGCAGGCCCACAUCCGCGGCUUCAGGGCCAGGCGGCGGUUCCAGCGGUACCGGCAGGGCGGGGUGCAGCUGCGGGCCGCGGUGCGGAUCAUCGUGCUCACGCGGAGGUACCUGAAGUAUAAAGAAGAAGAGAAGCUGAGACACGAGGCCCACUUGGGGCCGUUUGGGACAGGAGCGAUGGCGAACGCAUGGGCACCCAGGAACACGGCUGUCUCCCAGUUGGAGGUGCCACCUGACCUGGCCAUGCUGCUGCGGGUGUACGAAGGCAAGUACCACAUGCACAGCGACAAGGUGAGGCUCAUGUCGCCACCUCCCAUGAGGGACACGCGGGUCUACGACCUCCCCCGUGACAUCAACAGCCAUCCCUUCUCCAAGUUCUCGAAGGGCGCCUUCAAGAACGGAUGCUUCGGCUACCUUGGACCUCCGGUGGAUUCAACUCUCACCAAGGUCAUCACAGAGGAGGAGCAGAUGGAAGCCAUAUCCAUCUUCAAGCUGGUGAUGCGCUUCAUGGCGGACAGCACCAUGAGCCCCAUGCAGGAGUUCCUGCUGGGAAGUUACGUGGUGCAGCGCGCCAUCAACAUCCCCGGCCUGCGGCAGGAGGUGCUGUGCCAGCUCGCCAACCAGACGUGGCAGAACCCGGACCCGGCGAGCGCCCGCCGGGGCUGGCUGCUGCUCGCGAAUUGCCUCGGCUGCUUCGCCGUGCCGCCCAUUCUGCGACCGUACCUGCUCAAGUACGUGUCGGACCACGCGAUGAACGGCUUCAAGUCCCUGUGCCAGCGCAAGCUGAUCCAGGGGGCGUCCGAGGCCGUCAGGGACCCCGAGACUUCACGCCAGUUCCCCUCCACCUUCCUCGAGUGGACGGCGAACCAGCGCUGUGCCCGCACCACCGUCAGCGUCCACUCCUUUGACGGAAACGUGGCCACCGUGGGGCUGGACUCGUGGACCACGGGGGAGAAGCUGGGGGAGCAGGUCCUCCGCCAGAGGGGCAUCUCGGAAGGCUGCCACGGCUGGACGAUAGCGAUGUAUGACGCGGGCACGGGGCCCUGCGAGCUCGCGGGCCACGACUACGUCCUGGACCUGCUGGGCGACGUCGAACUGCCACAGACUUUCCGCAAGCCGCCCUCCUACUUCCUCCACUCCGCCAGCGGAUCCGGCCUGGGCCCCGGCUCGCCCACACCGCACGGUGGUGGCGGUGGUGGCGCCUUCGCCGGCGCCGGGAGCUCGCACGUUAGCCCGCAGCCUCCGCCGCCCCCGCCUCCUCCCCCUCCAUGA